AUGAUCGCAGUUCCCGGGGGCGACGUCGGCGGCUGGCGGGAGGGCUGCGGGCGGCGGGCGGCGGGCGGCGGGCGGCGGGCGCCGGGUGGGGAGUCGGCGCCGGGCCCCGGGCGAGUGCAAGGGGAGGGCGGCGGGGUCUGGCGCCUGAGGCCGGCCGCGCUCACGGGCUCGCGGACGCUGGGGCUCGGCUCCGACUCCGGCUCCGCGCCUCUGGGUCUGCGUCGCUCGCACUCCAGCCGGGGGCACCCUCAUCCCAGGCUGACUGACGUCCCCGGCACCCAUAGGUCGCGGGGAGUGCGGGGCCAGGGUGCGCCUUCCUUCCUCCUCCUGUGGGUGAAACCGGGGACAGCGGCCCCCAGUCCCAGGGCGGAGACUGCCUCUGCUGCUCUCAGCGACGCGCCCAGGCCUGGGAGCCGGGAGAUCCGCGGGGAGCCCGGAGACACACGUCCCAGAGGCGCCAGGGGUUGCGCUGCACCCGCUCCCACGGGCCUCUUCCGAGAGGACGCGAACCCCACGUGCCCGCGGGAAGUCCUCGGAUCCUGGAUGGGAAAGAGCCUUCUCUCACCCGCUCCGAGACUCCGCGCUUUUUAACAUCUGUCCUUGCAGAGCGACUGGUCAUUUUAGGCCCGAGUCAAGCCUCUCUUGAUUAAUAAAUGGCCAUUGCUCGUUUUAAGUG